UGCUCCUCUCUACUCUCUUUUCUUUCUCUCCCACCUUAGCUACUAUUAACAAAAAAAAUAAAAACUAAGCCUCUACCCCUUAAAAUCUGCUACUAUAUUGCACUGUUGCUUCUAUUUAUACCGAAGCUUGAAGAAUCAGUACAGUAUACUUCAUUUUAUAGAUCUGCCCCAAGACUCAAAACACCGUCCUCGGAUAUUGAAUUUCUGAUACUUUGAGCUCAGAUUCAAGUUGCUGAAGAACCUGCUGGUACCAUUUCGUUCACUUUACUGAACCUGAGCUUUUACAAAUUUACGGCGUGCAUUUAAUUUGCCUUCUGCAAUAAGGAAACUAAUGUAUCAGUGGGAAUAACAGUGAAGCAACUCGAUCACGUGCAGCACAAACUCAAGGCAUCGGGUCUGAGCCUCGCACAGCUCUCUCUUUAUGAUUGGAGCGUACACUGUUGUCAUUUCUCUUCAAACGGAUAGUGAUCAUCCUGAAGAUUAUAUGUAAUAUAUCUAUUCCUUGCAACACCCACAAGCACUGCAUAGUCCUUGCGCUCUUCUGCUUCCAGUAAACCUCUUGAUCAUCAGCCCUAUCAGAAUUCUGAAAAACCACAUAUGACAAACACAACAAUGGGCGGUGUCUCAGAGUCUGAAAUGAUGUCCCACGGCAAAGAGGAAUUGCCAGGGCAGUCUGACCAAUAUGCCAAGAACAACCAACUAUUCACGUCCUUAGGAAGACAAUCUUCCAUCUACUCUCUCACUCUCGACGAGUUCCAGCACACCCUCUCUGAGAACGGCAAGAAUUUCGGGUCUAUGAACAUGGACGAGUUCCUCAACAGCAUUUGGACUGCUGAAGAAAAUCAAGCCAUCAACUCCACCCACCACAACAACAGUAAUAACCUCAAUCCCAACCACAUCAACAACAUAAGCAACAACAAUGUCCAGCACCCCGCCUUAAGCGAGAUCACUAUGGAAAAAGAAGGUGUGAUAGCCAAGCAACCAAGCUUGCCACGUCAGGGUUCACUCACCCUUCCUGCACCAUUGUGCAGGAAGACGGUGGACGAAGUUUGGUCUGAAAUGCACAAAGAGCAGAAAGCACAAGCUCAGCAACAGAACAGUAACCACAACAAUAGCAAUGAUGGUGCUCAGAAUUCCGAGUAUGUUCCUCGCCAGCCCACAUUUGGGGAGAUGACACUGGAGGAUUUUUUAGUAAAAGCUGGGGUAGUUCGGGAACCAGAUUCAAUGUCAGUGGUGCCCCUCCCUCCUCAACCCCAACAGCAACCACAGCAGUAUGGCAUAGUGGGACAAAGUUUUGUGAUGGGAAUGGGUGCAAAUGCCGGUGCUAGCACUAGUACUACUCCUGUUCUGCCCAAUUACCAAACUAUCCCUCAAGGUGGCGCCCCGGUCGGAGAGUCAUCUGGGUAUGUUACAAAUGGCAAGAGGAAUGGGGCAUACCCCCCACCACCGCCACAGGCAGUUUGUUUUGGAGGGAGAGUGGUCAAUGGUGGAGGUGGUUAUGCCCCGACACAGCCAAUCGGGAUGGCUACUUCUGUGAGUCCAGUGUCAUCAGAUGGGAUGUGUGCGAGUCAGAUUGAGAACUCAGGGGGUCAAUAUGCUAUGGAUAUGGGUGCACUGAGGGGAAGAAAGAGGAUUAUAGAUGGUCCAGUGGAGAAGGUGGUGGAGAGGAGGCAGAGAAGGAUGAUUAAGAAUAGAGAGUCUGCUGCAAGGUCUAGAGCCAGGAAACAGGCAUAUACUGUUGAAUUGGAGGCAGAACUGAACCAAUUAAGAGAAGAGAAUGCAAACCUUAAACAGGCACUGGCUGAGCUUGAGAUGAAACGAAAGCAACAGUACUGUGAGGAAAUGAGAAAAAGAGUUCAGAGCAGGGCCCAGAAAGCUGUGGAGAAGCUGUGGAUGCUGAAGAGGAGUCACAGUUGUGCUGUAUGAUGCAAAUCAUGAAAUGUCAAGUAAAAUGUCAUUGAGGAAUAGAUGAUGAAUUGAAGUUCCCCCACCAGCGGAUGCAACUAUGGAAGCUCAGCACAGUGCUGAUAAAUUCCUUCAAUUGUACUUGUUCUGAGAAGAUAUGACUAUGGAAAUGUGCAUCGAGAUUCGCGAAUAGUAGUUCAAGAUGUGUAGAACCAAGUUGAGCUAGGAUUAAAUUAGGAAUGCGAGUUUGUAUUAAUUCUUAGACUAGACAUAAUAGUUUGAAUUUUGAAUUUUGUAUAUUUUUACUUUAGCUUUUGGCUUGA